GACUUUUCAAGUCAACUUUUGGCAGUGUUAGGAAGAAUUUAUGCAAGUAUAAAAAGACUUGGACAUAAUCUCAAAGUAUGAGUUAACAAGAAUCUUUCACUUAAACGUUAUCUCAAAGAUGCUGCCCUAUCUUUGGUACAUUAGAAAUUAAAUGUGGCAUUAUUUCCAAAUCUGAAUGGAAUCAGAAUUAGACACAAUAGUCAGAAAUUGUCAGCUACCUGCAUGUUGAUGGCAGUCCCUUUUUCUUCACUUUUGGAACAGGUUUUAUAAUAUAUAUUCUAAAUAAUUGUGGAAGUAGAAACAGGCAGAUUUUAUUUCAUAUGCAGGAGCAAUAUAUGUCUACGAGCUAUCAAUAAUAGUAAUUAUUUGUCAGUUGUAUUUUGGAGAUGUCAAAGGUUUGUGCCAUUUUUGGAGGUUCUCGGGGAAUUGGUCAGGCUGUCGCACAGCUCCUAGCACAGAAAGGAUAUUGCCUGGCUGUUAUAGCAAGAAAUCUGGACAGAGCUCAAGCUACAGUGGAUAGAUUAGGAGCAGGUCAUCUUGCACUGAGUUGUGAUAUCACCAAAGAAGAAGCCAUCCAAAAAACAUUUAAAGAAAUAGAGAACAAACUUGGUCAUAUAAGCUAUCUGGUUAAUGCUGCAGGUAUCAACAGGGAUGGACUACUGUUACGAACCAAAUCUGAAGAUAUGAUAUCUCAGCUUCACACCAAUCUUUUGGGAACCAUGCUGACGUGUAAAAUUGCUGUAAAGAGUAUGAUUCAACAUCAGGGUGGUGCUAUUGUUAAUGUUGGAAGUAUUGUUGGAUUAAAAGGUGGUGCAGGUCAAAGUGCAUAUAGUGCUAGCAAAGCAGGAUUAGUUGGAUUUUCACGCUCUUUUGCCAAAGAAGUAGCACGAAAGAACAUUCAAGUCAACAUGGUUGCUCCAGGCUUCAUUCAUACAGAUAUGACAGCCCAUUUGAAAGAAGAAGAGCUGAAAAAAACAAUUCCCCUUGGAAGAUUUGGGCAGCCACAGGAGGUUGCCCAAAGUAUUGCAUUCCUUUUAGAAACUCCUUAUGUAACAGGUCUCGUUUUGGUUGUAGAUGGAGGCUUGCAGCUUCUAAUUUAAACACUAUGAAUUCUACAUGAAAAGAUAUUCAGCAAUUCUAAAAAUCCCCGAAGAGAUCUAAGCAAUAUCCUUAUUAUAUUUUAACUCAAAUUAAAAAAAAAAGAAAAGAUAACAAGGUUCCAUUUUAGUUGUGUUUGAAAAUAGAAGAUUAAAAUAAAUAUAUU